UGUGUUCUUAUUCAUAUUAGCAACUUUUGCCUUUACAUAUAUCGCUUCACGCUUCAAUAUGAAUUAAAAAGGGAAAAACUGUGCAGUUCUAUAUACUCAUAGAUAUAUAUAUAUAUAAAGUGUGGAGCCAUGGGCUGCGCCAGCAGCACUCCAAUGGUUGCCACAGCGGGCAGCGAAAUGCUAAAAGCAGCCACACAUGUGGCAGGCGAUGUCAAAAAGCAAGGCGAAGCGGCUGUUGAAGAUGCCACACAGGCCAUAAGCUCGACCAUGGACUCGGCCAAGGAAACCGUUAGCACUGCAGUGGCGGGCAUUACCAAUGAGCUGGGCAGUGCGUUCAAGGAGGGCAGCGAAGCGCUGGACGAGGCCAAGCACAAGGUAAUGGAGGGCUUGCAUCUGGAGAGCAAGCCGAACGCUGAGCCAACGGAGACAAGCACAUCGAGAGCGCCGACGCCUGCUCUGGAGCCAGACGGCGAUAGUCUGAAGACCUCAACGCCGGAGCCCGAGAUCGAACAGGCAUUGGCCAAUGCUGUUGCCAAUGAGGAGGAGGCGCCGCCCACGCCCAAGCCAUCGCUGCAGGAGCUGGCCGAGCUGAGCGCCCAAGUGAGCGAGGCGAGUGUCGUAACAGUGGUGGCAGCUACAGUGGUGGCAGAGACAACUGUGCCGCCGGACGCUGCAGAGACGAAGGCAACCACAACACUCACACACUCACACACACACUGCAAAAGUCGUUGGCAGCGUAAGGUAGAGUUCGAGCUGGAGGAACAACGUCGCCCCAACACCACCGAAUGGGAAAAGCUGGCCGAUCUGCUGGCCAAGGGUCAUAGAUUUCGGCCCUAUGAGAGCUUUGCCCGCAAUCAAAAUCAAUUUUCCGUCUACAAGGACUACACGAGCCUAAGGGACAAGCCCGGCCAUUACGAUGGACACUUUAGCGAUGGCAAUUCGCUGUCGAGCACCUCGCAGUCCCAGUCGGACCUCUCCAGCGGCCACUUGACACCUGCCCCGCCCACGCGUAAAGGUCAGCGCGAUUACGCCAAGUUCGUGGGCUCUGAGCAGCCGGCGAGUGUUUCGCGUGCCAGUUCCAGGCUCUCGAAUGCGGGCGCCACCAGCACGAGAAGCUUUGACUAUAAUCCACAGCGUGAACGAAUCAGUCUUCCAAUUGGCACGCGAGUCGCCAGUCGCUCCCUUUGGGCCAGAAAUCAGCCCGACGUGCUGCCCGAAGAGCCGGGCAGCUACACUCCGGCAAGGCGCAGCAGCUUAGUCACAGGACUGCGCCCAAUCGGAGAUGUACAACAAAUGCCAAUGACUAGAUCUACCUCAAAUCUGCAAAUGACGAGAAAGCAGAGGGAAGAGCAAAAUGAGUCGAGGCCAAGCAGCCGAAGACACUCAGAAGUGGGCUCAGUGAGACCCAAAGAGAGCGCAGCCCCAACACAGCCAGCCUUAAGAUCGAAGGGUAUUCCACAGCCUGCUAAAGAGGCGAAGCAGCGUGUCAAACCGUCAACUGAGCCCAAGUCUCAGCUAGGUGCGACCUUCAAGUCCAUGCUGGACUCAUCGCGAGACAUCAGCUCGGCACUGCUGUUGGCCACGCCCUUGACCGUUACCUCACUGCUGCACAGCCCUACAGCUGUCAGCAGCAACAAAAUGCCAACGCCCACUGUGGCACGUGCCGCUACUUUUGUGGUGGAGCCAAGACAAACGCAAGCUGUCACGCAUGCCACACAUGCCACGCCCAUACGACCGGCAACAGGGCAAUUAGCAACAAUGGCAACUGCUUCCUUUAUCACAGAUGCCAUUGAAUCAGAGGAGCGUGCACGCAUCCUGCCCAAGUCGAGCAUGCCCAGAAAAGGAUUACCUCAACAAGCGAACUCCGUGCCACUCACGUCCCCUCAACGAACUCAGCCAAAUGUUGUCUCAACUGUUACCAAAUCUCCGUCCAUGUCGCGUGCCUCGUCACGUCUCUCCUCCAACAGCAGCACGGAGGUAGUCGUACGACCUCUGAGUCAUCUGAAUACGCCCAGCGCUGUUUCCCUGUCGCCUGAUGUCGUUGUCACGGAAUACGAUGACAGCGACCUGGAGGCAGCCUUGGCGAAGCUGGCCGAGAGGCGUCUCUCGACUACAGCCUCCUUGCCCUCUCAGCGCUCGGCUACACGUAAUUCGAAUACCUCAGCGGUGCGAGACUCGCGACGCACUUCACCCUGGCUGAGGCGAAAUAUGGACCACUAUAACAGCCAGGAGCCGAAGCCUCUAACAAGUUGUGGCGCUUUGGGUCUGUGCUCGUCUGCUCAAGGCAGCCAGCACCUGCUCGAGCGUUGUGAAGUCUGUUGUAAGGAAUUUGUGAUGAAUUAG